AUUUCGAUUCAGUUUACAUGUGAAUGUGAUUUUGUACUGACGCCUUUCACGAGUGGUUGAAAAUAAUUUCGUUGAAAUUUGAGCAGUAUACAGAGUCUGUUGGUAUUAUAUUAGACUACAAUUUGGAUUUAAAAUCUUUUUAAUUUUGUUUUUUUGUAAAUGAAAUUUUGUGAAUUGAAGAAAUAAGAAAAAAAUCAAUUCGCGAUUGAGAAUAUCGAUUAGUGAAAUUUUCAUGAUUAUGAAGUGUCGACAGAUCUGUUAAUUGGAAUAUUGCAGUUGGAUUCUUAACAGACUAAAGAGGCCGGCCAUAUUUAAAAACUGCAAAAUUUUUAAACGCACAAAUACCAAGAAAACUUCGUUAUAAAAUAAAAGACAACAUAAAAAUAAGAAAAAAAUUUUAAAAAGAAAUAUAUUCUGUUAAAAGGGUGUGAACGACGGUAAAAAUUUAUUUUCGUCUUCUUAUUUAUUUUGUUGGAUUUAGAAGUGUGUUUGACGGUCCGCUGGUUCGAAUUUUUUUAAAACACGGAAAUUUUAAUCAGAUUUUUUCUUUUUAAAUUAAAUUGUGUUUAAGUAUGAAUAAUAUCGUGUUUACAGAUGUAUUUUGUCACAAAAAUAGAAAAAAGUGUUUCAGCAAAUGUUACGUGUUUUCAAUGAAUUAAACUCAUACAACUCACCAUUAGAUUCUUAGGAGAAGAAGAAGAUAAAUAAUCGAUUAAAGGCUAAGUUCAACAAAUUUUUCCUUUUAAAAAUAAAAACAAUUUUCGGAACAGGAUUUCCCAUUUAUUAAGUGAUUAAGUUAAAAAAGCAAACGAAAACAAAUCAAAAUAAAAAAAAUGUCUGUCCAACCGAAACGACAACAUUGCUAUUUGUGCGAUCUGCCCCGUAUGCCAUGGGCGAUGAUCCACGAUUUUUCCGAACAAGUGUGUCGCGGCUGUGUCAACUAUGAAGGUGCCGAUCGCAUCGAAUUGGUUCUGGACACAGCCCGACAAAUGAAACGCGUUCAUACGUCCGGCAAACGUUCGCACGAAAACGGUGAGGUUGCCAGUCAUCGCGGUGUGCCAACCGCUCACCAUCAUACGUAUGCAUUGCAAUCGAGUCAGGGUGGGCCGCGUUUAGCCGACUUUACGCCCAAACUUGAACCGCACGAGGCAACCGUUCGUAUGCAACCGGUUCGCAUUUUACCGCCACACCACAAUAUGACGUUGUCGAAUCGCGUUCAGCAGCAACAACAGCAACAACAGCAGCAGCAACAACCUCAACCACAUCCACAGCAACAGCAACAACAACAGCAGCCGCAACAGCAACAGCAGCAACAACAGCAACAGCAGCAGCAGCAACCACCAGCUCUAUCAGUCAAUCUGAAACGACCACCGCCAGAUGAUGAUGAGCACAAUGAAGGACCCGGCGGUAGUGUGAAACGCGGUGUACAAAUGCAAGAGGAUCCUCAACAACGACCCGCACUAACGCGCGGUGAAUCUUUGCCGUCGGUGCCAUUUGCUCCCGAAAGACAGCAGAGCUUGAGAGACAAACAUCCCGUUCGUGCACCAUCAUUCGAUGCGUCGACCUUCAAGCCAGGAGUUUAUCCAACAACAAUGCAACUUCCACCUGUAUCACUUGGAGACUCAACGCCUCCAGUACCACAGACAUUACAAAGUCCGAUGGCCAAUUUGAUGUCAAUUACAGAGACAUUGCCACCGGGCAGUCCCAGAAAUGGUAGUAGUCCUCCCGGACCGCCUCCACCCAGAACGGCGUCAAGAGGUAGCCAACAUUCGCCAAAUAGUUCAGGUUCAUCAAGUGGUCGACGUUCGUCCGGCUCCCGACACGUAUCCAGCACGACAGUGACAUCAACCGAAGCACAACAGUCACAGCCAGGCAUUGCUGUUAACAUUGGCAAUGGGCCACCACCUGAUGGUAUCGUACCGACAGCUGCCGCUGCUGGUCCGACACCCGCUCCGAAUCCGACAUUGAAGUGUACGCUGUGCCAGGAACGAUUAGAAGACACACAUUUCGUACAGUGUCCAUCGGUGAAUCAUCACAAAUUCUGCUUCCCGUGCAGUAGGGAGAGCAUUAAGCGACAGGGCUCCGGUUCGGAGGUGUAUUGUCCGAGUGGAGAGAAAUGUCCGCUGGCAAAUUCGACGAUUCCAUGGGCAUUCAUGCAAGGUGAAAUUGCAACAAUUUUGGGCGAAGAAUUGAAAGUGAAGAAGGAACGAGAGACUUAAACGGGUUCGGGAAAAGUGUCACACACACAGCGUUUCUUGUGUUUAAAUGUUAAUUUUCCAACAUAAACUGCAAACUAUGUGAACAUUUGUAGAUUAAGACGACGAAGAAGAUUAUAACGAGAUGCGUGCUGUUGGCCGUUAUGACAAAAAUCAAUCAAUUUAUUGUGAUAUUGCUUUAAUAUUAUUCUAAAUAGCAAUUGGGAGUUGUAUACCGUUAGGAGCGAAAAUCAUUGAUUUCAAAUUAUCAUUUCAAUGUCAGGAAGAGUUUAGAUUAAUUUCGGGUGUCAUUGAAAGCGCGCACGCAAAGAAAAAAACCAUUUUACUGCUCCCCUAGACGAAACAUUUUAUCUUGAAGAAAACGUUUGGUUUCGGUUUGUUUGAAACAAAUGUUUGUCCAAUUUACCCGGUAAUCGGAGUCGCAGUAUCCGACUUUCUCAAGAAACGACUACAGCGAUACUAUCUGACAGUAAAACAGAUACGCGCUGAAUGAUCACUAAGUUGGUCGGUGGUCCGGUACAUUGGAUGGUAGGUGACGCUUGAAAAAGAAUUAAAAAUCGAUAUGAACUUGAUGUGAAUUUGCUUGCUGGUUUGAAUUGUGUCGACCAGCAGCUAAUUACUUUGGCGAGGUGAUGCCUCAUUCCGCAUCGGUUUGAACCGUUGAACACAUGUUAAGGUCAACGCGGGUCAUAAUUUGUUACCCCCUCGUAACAGAAUAAAUAGCGCGAGUAACGAAGUAAGCAACAACAAAAAAUCGAAAGGAAAAUAAGAUUUUUGCGCCGUAACAUUCACAAUAUACACUGGAUUUUUUACCAUUUUUUUGUUGUUGUUACGUCGAGGCUAAUAAGCUUGUAACACGAUAAUUUGCGUGAUGAUAGACCGUUUUCCAUUCAUAGAUGGAAAUUUAUCGAAACAUUCAUUGAUAAUAACAAUUAUUUACCCAUAAUGCUAAUGUUAUUGUGAAUAGAUGUUGAUUGUCAUCGAUCACGCGACGCGACGACAUGACUGUGAGAGCAAAGAAUAUGGUUUCGUUUCAUUCAGUUUCUAGUGAGUUGUGUAUGAAAUUCUGAAAUUCCUGUUUUUCUUUGGUUUCUUCAACCCCCCGAGUGUUAUGGAACA